AUGGGAAGCAAGGAAGAUGCGGGCAAGGGGUGUCCGGCGGCCGGCGGCGUCUCCAGCUUCACCAUUCAGUCCAUCCUGGGCGGGGGCCCCUCGGAGGCGCCACGGGAGCCCGCCGGCUGGCCGGCCAGGAAGCGCAGCCUGUCCGUGUCCUCGGAGGAGGAGGAGCCGGACGAAGGCUGGAAGGCACCCGCCUGCUUCUGCCCAGACCCGCACGGCCCCAAGGAGCCCGGCCCCAAGCACCACCCCCCCAUCCCCUUUCCUUGCCUGGGUACCCCCAAGGGCAGCGGAGGCGCGGGGCCGGCGAGCUCGGAGCGCACGCCUUUCCUUUCUUCUUCGCACCCAGACUUUAAGGAAGAGAAAGAGAGGCUCUUGCCCGCGGGCUCGCCGUCGCCGGGGCCCGAGCGACCGCGGGACGGCGGCGGCGCCGAGAAGCAGGCGGGCGCGGCCAAGAAGAAGACGCGCACGGUCUUCUCGCGCAGCCAGGUGUACCAGCUCGAGUCCACCUUCGACAUGAAGCGCUACCUGAGCAGCUCGGAGCGCGCCUGCCUUGCCUCCAGCCUGCAGCUCACCGAGACCCAGGUCAAGACUUGGUUCCAGAACCGCCGCAACAAGUGGAAGCGGCAGCUCUCCGCGGAGCUGGAGGCGGCCAACAUGGCGCACGCGUCGGCGCAGACUCUGGUGGGAAUGCCGCUGGUGUUCCGGGACAGCUCGCUGCUGCGCGUGCCGGUGCCACGCUCGCUCGCCUUCCCCGCGCCGCUCUACUACCCGGGCAGCAACCUCUCGGCCUUACCUCUCUACAACCUCUACAGCAAGCUCGACUACUGA